ACUGAUGGUGAUGAACAGACUCAAAUUGGGAGCAACAAGUGCUGAACUCGGCUGCAGACUCCAAACUCCUCCAUCAGGACCAGACGUCCAGAGACGAACUUGUUCAUGGACGUUUUUAUUUCAGGGGUCCAAUGUUUGUUGCAUCACAUGUCUUUGAUAGAGACAGAUAAUAAUAACACAGAACAGUCAGCUCAUCGGUAAAAAUGAGUUCGGUUUGGUUUAUUUUGCUUCUUUUUCUGCGGACUGUGGAGCUCCGUCAUCUCCAAGCAGCCGGGGGGUCAUCGGGGUCCGAGCUGGUUGUGACCCGGGAGGAGGAUGCUGGUACCCCGGUGACAAAGGAAAGGACUUUUCUCGACAGGACUGAUAGUUUAAAAGUCACGCACCUGAAGCGAGUGGCCAGAGGAGCAAAAGAUGGAACUUUCGGGAAAAGAGACCCUCAUUCUCCGAGAAGUUCCGGGCACCCUCGGAAGUACGACGACCCGAGCGGGUACUUCACCACACCGCGGGUCGAUCGGCACUUCUCCGCCCGGCCGGGUAACUCUUCCUCGGGGCUUCUCAACCCCCUCUUCCCGGUCACCGACGGGUCCUACUGGGCGUACGCCGUCAUGCUCCUGGCGCUCGUGCUAUUCGCAGCGGGCAUCGUGGGUAACCUCGCGCUCAUGUGCAUAGUUUGGCAUAAUUUCUACCUGAAGAGCGCGUGGAACUGCAUCCUGGCUGGACUGGCCUUCUGGGAUUUCCUCGUGCUGUUCUUCUGUCUGCCGGUGGUCGUCUUCCACGAGCUCACCUUGAAGAGGUUGCUAGGAGACCUGUCCUGUAGGCUCGUGCCCUAUCUGGAGGUGACCUCUCUGGGUGUGGCCACGUUCAGCCUCUGUGCUCUCAGUAUUGAUCGUUUUCACGCCGCCACCGGCCCCGGGCCCCUCCAGACGCCCAGAGUGGAGCCCUGCCAAUCCAUCCUCUCCAAGCUCUCCGUCAUCUGGGUGGGCUCUCUGGUGCUAGCGGCCCCCGAGCUGCUUCUGUGGCAUCUCGUCCAGGAACCCGUCAGCCUGUCGACCCUCUCCUCCGGCCUGCAUCGAAGCCAGCCGGGUGCGACGCUGCUGGCCGCUUUAAGAGCACGGGAGGACUCGUUUAAGGUGGAUGUCUGCGUCCGCGAGCCGUCUGUGGAGCUUCCAGAGAACGUGUACUCUCUGGUGCUGACGUACCACGAGGCCCGCAUGUGGUGGAUCUUUGGCUGCUACCUGUGCUUGCCUCUGCUCUUCACUCUGGCCUGCGACCUGGUGACGAGGCAGGUGUUAGCCCAGCGUGUGCCACAGAAACCUGCAGGUGAAAAGGUGACCAGCAGAUGCCCCUCCUCCUCCUCCUCGUCUGCCUCUUCCACAAAGAAGAAGCAGCACGGGAGAGAGCAGCGUCUGCGCUCCACCGUCAUGGCGCUCACCAUCCUGUAUGUCACAUGCAACCUGCCUGAGAGCAUCUGUAACAUCACACUGGCGUACAUCUCCACCCACGUGUCUGCUGCGAUGCCGGCUCUGGUCCUGCCAGCGCUAAAUCUGAUUGGUCAGUUCCUGCUGUUUGUGCGUUGCUCGGCGACGCCAGUGUUGCUGCUGUUCCUGUGCCGCUCGCUGGGUCAGGCCUUCAUGGACUGCUGCUGCUGCUGCUGUGAGGAGUGCAUCCCCGACGGAAACUCCUCCUCCUCCUCGUCUGCUUCAACCACCGCCACCUCCAACCCCUCCUCGCCCACAUCGCCCACUCCGUCCUCGCUGACUCCCUCCAGCAAAGAGGAGGUGAAGAGCAUGUUGGCCACAGAACCAGCAGUCUGCUACGACAGAGCCAAAGACUCUACCACAGCUAUCGGGACACCGUGCUGAGGAACAGAACUGUUUUAUCAAAAGGAUAAUUUAGGUUUAUUAGAACUUGGGUCUUAUUUCUGAAGUUUGAGCGGUAAUUUCCAUCAGUUAUGAUAAUAAUAAUUCUCAUGAAGUAACAGUUGAGAUCUGGAGGCACAGUCAUUCUGCUAAAGCAGGGUACACAUUACAAGAUUAUCGGCCGAUAGUCCUGUGAUGUGAGGACUGUUAAGGGCGAUCCGAUUUGCUCGGAGGCAGGGCCGCCCAAACAGCACACCACACAGAUACAGUAGGAAAAGAAACAGUUAAAUCUCUGACUAUAUGACGUCAUGUGUGGGGUCUCUCACAUUUUUUAAAUCUGCGUAGGUCUUUAAGAAUCUUUUAGUGUGGGGCAGGCUGAAGGAGAAGUCUGAACAGUCAAUAAACACGAGCUGCCAGACUGUUAAAAGAGCUGCAACAGUUUAUCAAGAUGUCACACUAUGCAGCGAAAAGCUGUGGACAACGGCCUCAGCCUUUGUUCCUGGUGUGCUUGAGGACUCUUUUUUUGUUUGACGUGAAAUCCUUAAUGUACUGUAAGUAUGUUAUUAUAGAGGUUAAAGUUAAGCAGCUGUAAGAUUCUCUCAAUAUUGACUUAAAGGUCACAUAUUCUCCUCCUCUUCAACCAGUUUAAAUAAGUCUCAGAGCUCCCUAAAACAUGUCUGUGAAGUUUUUUGUUCUAAAUCCACUCUGAUCCUGUAUUUGAUCAUGUCUAUAAACCCCUCUAUUUCAGGCCUGCUCAGAACAGGCUGUUAAUGUGUCUGUACCUUUAAAUGUAAAUGAGCUGUGUCUGACCACGCCCCCUCUCUGGAAGGGCUUGGGUGUACUCGGGUUUUCUCGCUCCAUGUCCUAUUGUUUACGUUGAGAAGGCAGACUCAGAGGGCAGAACAAACACCUAGCUGUGGGAGUGUCACCCACCUGGGGGAGGGGCUACUGCCCUUUGUGAUGUCAUGAAGGGAAAAUCGCCAAACAGCCUGUUUGAGCACACAUUUUCUGAAAAGUGGAGCAGGUAAAAGACGAAGAGGAUGGACUUUUCUCAUCAUUGGGGGGUUUGUAGACAGACUAGAGAUACACAGUAGUGUUAGAGAAACAUGGUGAAGUGUAUUUUACAUAAUAUGUGACCUUUAAAGUUAAUUUAACAAAUAUAAUAGUCUGAAGUGUGCUCCUUAUUAGUGUAUUAACAGUUCUCUAUCAUCUAUAUCAUGUCUUACCUUGUCGGUGUGAAUGCAUUAUGACUCAGAGGAAAAAAAAGUAAGUAAGACCCAAGUUGUAAUAAGUGUAGUGAUCCUUAAAUCUCAGUCUCUAUGAACCGUAGAAACAGAUUUAAACUUUAGUUAAGAUUGUACAAAAUGUAGAGUGUUACAUUUUAAAGUAGUAGUUAUGUCAAAACGUCCACAUGAUGGAUUUAAUCCUGUGGUAGGACUCAUCCCUGUCCAAUAGGUUUUGUGAUACUUUUAUAUUUGAUAGAUAUUAACAUUUUCUGAUGCUCGUUCAGGAUUUUUUUGUAUCAUCUGCUCUGAGUACUGUAACGAAGAGGAACACUGAACAUCGUAGUAAGAGGGGACUUUGAGGUGUAGACAUCAACUCGAUGAGACUUUUGUUGCAGACUGACAGCCUGCUGUGAAAUCUGUAAGCUGUGUUUUAUUUGUGUACAUAAUUUUUGCUGUUGCUGCUCAAUCGUCGAGACAGCAGGUGAAAUCAUAUCAGAAACCGAUCAAUCAAUCAAAAUUUGAAGAGACUCACAAUAAUCCAGUGUUAAGUUUGGCUAUUUUUGUACUUGUUUGAUUACUUAAGGUAUAGUAAAGUUUGGACUUAUUUGCA